CACCGCUGACAGUUGUCAAUCAGAUUCCAAUUUUCGAUGGGCGUGUUCACCUGUUCCCCAGCAUAGCAUUCCAGCUUUUUCGUUUAAUUCCCUUUUUAAGUUCAUAGUUUUAUGUUCUUCUGUGUGCAAUGGUGAAUGCAGAGCGCUGGUUGUGCAUAGGCACGGCAAUAUUAUGUUUCGCUACGCUGACUGCAGGCCAAUACUACAUUGAGGAGGAAAAAGAAGCCAAAAGCAAUAUCGUCUGGUGCGCGACCAGCCAGGAGGAAACGUACAAGUGCCAGAACUUUACCAAAGCACUCGAGCGCGAUGUUGCACUGUUUAACGAUUUCUUCAUGAACGUAUCCUGUCACCACGGGUACGACCAUGACGAGUGUAUGGCGCUGAUUAACGAGCGCAAGGCGGACGUAAUGACGCUGGACGCGGGAGAAGUAUUUAGCGGUGGCCGGUUCCAUUCGCUCAUUCCCUUGAUGCAUGAAGGGUACGAGGGAGGGUUUACCCAGUAUCAUGCCGUAGCUGUGAUCAAGAAAGGAUCCUUACCGGAUGUAACUCAUAUACGACAUUUGCGGGGCAAGAAGGCGUGCUUCGCAUGGGUGGGCAGCCAUGCCGGUUGGACGCUUCCGAUUUAUACCUUACAACGAGACGGAGGUAUGGCCAUUACCGACUGUAACAACAUCGUCAAAACUGCCUCCGAUUUCUUCGGCCCGUCGUGUGCGGUGAAUGCUCUGAUCGACAAGUACAACCCCAUCGGCGACAACUCGAACAAGCUGUGUUCGCUGUGUACGGGCGUGGUGCCGGGGGGCAAAUGUACGCCGACGGAUCCGUACGCCGGCUUCGAGGGCGCCUUUCGCUGCUUAGUGGAGGCAGGUGAUGUAGCCUUCUUGAAGCACACUACGGUGGAGGAAAUGGUGGACAGUGGCUUUAUACCGGGCGUUACCGUUGAUCAGUUUGAGUUGUUGUGUCGCGAUGGAACGCGCCAGCCCGUUUCGCAAUACCGCCAGUGUGACUGGGGUGAUGUACCGUCCCAUGCGCUUGUAGUGUCCAGCGCCACGUCCAAAUCUGACAGGCGAAGGCUCAAAAAGUUCUUCAGCAAAGCCGUCAACUUGUACGCAUCGAAACAACGACGCUAUAAUAGUACCAGCGGUGCAGGGUACGAUCGGCAGGAUGACCGCUACCGACCAUACCAAAGUUCGUACACGUCAACAUCCACGACGACCUAUUCACCCUUCAGCAACUUCGACCAGGCUGCAUUCAAUGACAGCCAGCCUUAUGAAACGUUCGAUCUGUUUGAGUCGAAGCGUUACGGAAGACGGUUAAAUUUGAUGUUCCAGGACACGACGCGACAUUUAGCUCCGAUUAACGAUGACAAGCAAAACUACCAAAGGUACCUGGGCAAAGCGUUGGACCAGAUCUAUGAAACACGGUCGUGUCCAGUCGGAAGAAUGAUGCUGUGCGUCACCUCAGACGCUGAGUACGAAAAGUGCAUCAAAAUGCGCACGGCACUGAAGGCUCAACUCAUCAAGCCGGACAUGCUGUGCAUGAAAGCGCACUCCCACAUCACCUGCAUGCAGCACAUACAGUCGGGUACGGCUGACGUGACUGUGCUGGAUGCUAGCGACGUAUAUACGGCAGGAUUGCACUACGAACUAAUGCCCUUCAUGUCCGAAGUGUACGACCUGGGGCUGCCAGAGUACUACGUGGUGGCCGUAGCGAAGGAGGAAGAUCCGGACACUGAGCUAACCUACCUGCGUGGUAAAAAUACCUGCCAUUCCGGCAUCAAUACCGCUGCUGGGUGGGUUUAUCCGAUGGCGUACUUGAUAUCGAACGGAUGGAUACGCCCGUACGGUUGUGAUAGCAUUCGGGCCGCGGCGGAGUAUUUUACCAAGUCUUGCGUGCCGGGAGCUAUCAGCAAGGAGUACAACACCGGCAUCCCGUACGACAAUAUGUGCGAUCUGUGCCAUGGCAGCAGCUUCCGGUACUGUCGGCGUGACGCGUCGGAAGACUACUACGGUAACUCGGGUGCUUUCCGGUGCUUGGUGGAGGGCGGUGGACACGUUGCCUUUGUACGUCACACGACGGUGAUUGAAAAUACGGGUGGUAAGAAGCGCGAAUGGUGGGCUCGCGAUGCGCUGCCCGACGAUUUUGAGCUGCUUUGUCCGGACGGAACCCGAGCGGAGGUCAACGAGUAUAAGACCUGUAAUCUCGGCAAGGUGAAAUCCAACGCCAUCGUAGCUCGCGGAGGACGAGGAUACAAUGGGACGGAGCUGAACGCGUACAUCAAUCUGUUUACCUAUGCACAGCAAUUCUACGGAAGGAAAUUUUCCGACGAGUUUAGCUUCAGCAUGUUCUACUCCAUCCCACCGUACCAUGAUUUGAUCUUUUCCGAUGCAACCCGUGGUCUGCGCGUAGUCGACUCGGACAAGCGUUGGUUCGAUGCGUAUCUUGGACCGAACUUUAUGCGCGCACGGCGCAUCACCGAUUGCCAUGCAGGUGCGGGUAGUUUGAAGAUCAGUGCCUUCAGUAGCUUGUUGUUUGCAGUAGUGAUAUUGCUCUGGCCAACAAACAUAUUUUAAGCUUCGGGUGUGGUUGCUACCCACCUCGUCGGAUUCUUUCUAAGUAAAGUAAUUUCCGUCCAAUUUAGAUAGCUAUACCAUGUUAUUGCAGGAAAACGAUCGCAACAGUAUAAUACUUUGAACAUUCCAGUGCGAAGGUUCUCGAACGAUAAUGUGAAACUCCCACUCAAUUAAUUAGUUUCGUGUUGAUCUAUUUGUACAGUACUCUUUUGCGAAUCUCUAUAUGCAGUUGAAAAUUUAAAUUGUUAAUUCACUUGCGCCUCGAUUUAGUAGCUUAGCUGUAGCUCUUUUUCUCAUUUUACAUAAAACAUGAUGUAUUAUGCUCCUGUCUUAUAAGUGAUCUGCACAGUAACGUUCAUCCGUCCAGAAGUAGAGUAUGCAUGUGCCAGAAAUGUGUGUGCAUGGUUGGCAUGUUUGUGCCGUCUGAUUAGAAUGAGAAACUCUACAUUUUUUCUUAUUCUUUCAGCGAAAUGAAUACUGCAUAUCAACAAGUUUUAUAGCGUAAAAAAUCGAUAGCCUAAACAAACCGCUGAGUUUGUCAUAUUUCUGCACUGCUAUCUUUAUAGGUUAAUGAACAAUUUUUAAAUAAAACAACACAACUAAAACCGCUGCGUUUGAACAUUUUAGUUUCAUAUUUUCAAUAAGGAGUUCAAGCCUGAUUGAACUCAUUUCUAAAGAAAAUUAAAAAAAAAAUGCAUUUCCAAAAAAUGUAUUUAAUUCAAUUUCACUCAGGGAAUAUCACAGGUUUGUAUCUG